AUGCCUCACAGGGAUGCCCACCUGGCUGGCCUUUGCUCUGGCUCUGUGCUGCUGGGUAGAGGCGAGAUAAGCCCUGAGAGGCAGCCCUCAGGGCCUGACAGAGACGCACUUCCCUGGAAGGAGGCUCCGGCUCUUAUCAGCCUGAUAAGCCCACACAGGAAACGGUGGCUCCGGGACCUGGUUGAACGGGAAGAAGAGCGUCAGCUGGACUCGGGGAGGCAGACUGUGGAGGAGUUUAGAGUGCGGGAUGCAAAGAACGGGUUGAAAAUCGCCCAGCUCCUGGAGGGCGUCAUCAGCAGGAAGGUGGUGAAGCAGACCGUGAUGACUGUGGUGUACGGGGUCACACGCUACGGGGGCCGCUUGCAGAUAGAGAAAAGACUGAAGGAGAUUGAUGAUUUCCCCAAGGAGCAUUUAUGGGAGGCAUCUCGUUACCUGGUGCGAUUGGUGUUCAACGGCUUGAAGGAGAUGUUCACAGGGACCAGAGAGAUCCAGGAAUGGCUGACCGAGAGCGCCAGGCUCAUCUCCAAGGCUGGCUUCUCUGUGCAGUGGGUGACUCCCCUGGGAUUGCCCGUCAUUCAGCCCUACCACCGCACACGCCGCCUAGUGUUAAAGAGUCAGCUCCAAAGUGUCUUCCUCAUGAUCAACUAUGACACCAAGCAGAUGCCAGACACAGUUAAACAGAAGAAUGCCUUCCCUCCAAACUUCAUCCACUCUCUGGACUCCACACACAUGAUGCUGACUUCUCUCCACUGCUACAGUGCUGGCCUGGCGUUCGUCUCAGUUCACGACUGUUUUUGGACCCACGCCCUCACAGUGGACACCAUGAACAAGAUCUGUCGGGAACAGUUUGUCGCCCUGCACAGCCAGCCAAUCCUGCAGGAGCUGUCCAACUACCUUUACCAGAAAUACUGCACUGGGAUCCCGCUGGAAGCCAAGAGGAAGAAGACCGAGGAAUACUUGGAGCUGAGUCUGUGUCUGGCCACAGUGCCCCAGACAGGUGACUUCGAUCUGCAGCGGGUGAAAGAAUCCACUUAUUUCUUCAGCUGAGAGGCUCAUGAGGGCGAUCCAGCGGAGGGAGAUGAGUGAAAUCGACAGAGUGCUGCAGGGAGGCUGACGGCCCCCGGAUCUCACCGGCUUUGUCUCCCUCAGACAUCGGGACAUUGAUCCUCGUCCACAGCUAGACGGGAGCUGCUGGAGGCGUUAACACACAGUGAACCUGCCUGAUUAACUGACUAGUGGACUGAUGGAGUGAUGGAUGAGAAGGAGCCAUACUCAUCCAGCCGAAAUGAUGAGAGAAUCAGCACCAGAUGGGAAUGUAAAGACCUCAUUGAGUGAAAUUACCUAUUUAUUGUGGAUGCUAAUACCACAUUCAGGUAUGUGUGUGUGUGUGUGUGUGUGUGUGUGUGUGUGUGUGUACGUGAGCCAUACUGACUGCAUCUCUAUGCAACUAUUAUGCUGCUCUAUUUACUUUACCCCCUAUAAACUGUAAUUUCCAGUGAUGCAGUAUGAGGUGUGUGUGAUUAAGUGUGUGAUUAUGUGUGUGUGUGUCCUGCUGUGAGGACCUCCGCAGAGCGUGGACAUGCCUCUGGUCUAUCCCACCUCAUCAUCGAUCCUAUCACUUACUGGAUGGCUGGAUGCUCUCUGACACGAUAUUUAGGCGGUUUUAUAAAGUUCGAAGAAGAGGCAUCUGAAAAGGACAUGAAAGACAAACUGAACCGGGGGAUACCAGACCCUCUGAGAAAUCUGGAGGGAUAAGUCAAAGGGUUCUUGGAUAACAUUGUGUCACAUGAAACUCUUGAUUCUUACCUAUUAGGAGUGACUAAGCACCUGACAAUUGCUCUAAAAUAAACAACUUUCUUAAAAUGUCUGCUUAUUAAUUCAGCGGUUUUGAAGAAAUGGCUGGUAUUCCUACUGUGCUUAAAUAGGAUGAAUGAGAGCCUGAUUUUUUUGUUUUGUUAUAUCUGAAUAUUUUAAGUCUUUUGUGUAUCGUGAGAUGAAGGCCUCCUUUUAGAUGCACCACAAAGGGUUUGCAGGCUUCACUAAUCAACUCAGAUCUUAUUUUUCUGGGCCAGUGCCACAUCUAGAAGUAAAAAUAACAGAAGUGCUAUCUGAUGAUUGCUGGGAACGAUACAGCAGUUUCUGACAAAAGGUGCCGUUGAUGUUCAAAGGCAAAUGUAGAUUGUAGCCAAACAAAGCUGGCUGAGUGACAAUGUAAUGAAAUGGAAAUAAUCUUCAAGGGGGCAUCAAUAGUGCACUGAUCAGACUGUAGAUUUUUGGGAUGAUUUGCAUAGCGACAUGAACAAAGAGAUGCUGCUCAGACUUUUGGGAAAUGAGUUGCUACUUUAAUCUGUUAUUUUAUCAUCUUGGUCAAAAUCAGCAGUCAUCCAAUGACUUGAUUUUACACUGAAAUACUCUUUUAAAUGUGAUUCAUGCUCAAUGUGCUUUCUGUCAGGACAGCCAUUAGUAUUGCCAUAUUAUAGGUACAAUCACGUUUAAUACGUCAGAGGACGGUUAUUGAUUUUUCUAUAACAUGAUUUUCGGUUAUGGAAAUGUAGAAGUUUUCUUUAUUGACAUAUCUGAUUUGUUUUGAAUAGCUUCCAUGUCUUGUAAGCUAAUAACUUCAAAUACAUACAGAAUUGUAUUACUACACUGGAUGAGAAGGACACACCUCUUUUAAUAGGAUGUUAAUGAAUGUAUUAUUUAAAAUUAAGUUACUUUAUUGAAAAGUGUUUUCUAUUUAAUAUAAUAAUAACAUAAAUGAAAACUGUAUCUGUGACUGGUGUCUGUCAUAACAAUGUUAAAUGUAUGGGGUCAAUGGGUGACAUGACA